AUUUUCCUAAUUUCACUCUAAAAGCAAAUAGAUAAACAAAACUUUCCUUUUCCAAUUCAUUGCCGCAGUCGGACUGUGCUGCGCCUGCGCGGGAGUUGGCUGUAUAAAGCCCGCGUGAGCCUCCAUAGCCAUCGGAUCUCUCUUCCAUUCUUUUUCCUUUUCCUUUUCCAUCCCUCUCUUUCUCUCUCGCUUUCUUCUUCCUCAAGUUCAUCUCAUUCCUCUGUUUCUCAAACUGAUAUAAUUUUGAUGGCGAUGCCUCUCUUCUCCCACUAAGUUUUAAGCUUCCUUUCGCUUUCUUUUCCCUUUUCUCGUGGUGGGUUUGCGAAAACAUUUUCUGGGUCAAACAAUUUUCCCCUUCUUGCUUACCCUACCCAAUUUCAUUGCUGGAUCAAUAACCCCAAGUUUCCGUUACCAAAUUUUCCGACGAAACCCCAUAGGAUUAUUGACAUUUGGAUGAUCUGUGGAUGAACCUCAAAACGUGCACGAAAUUGGCAACAGAUCACUCUUAGACUUUCCCUUUCUCAAUCAUAAAGAGUUGCGGCGACAAGAAUAUGGCUACGUUUGUGGAGCCACCGAACGGAAUCAGAUCAAUGGGGAAGCAUUAUUUCACAAUGUGGCAAACUCUGUUUGAAAUUGAUACUAAAUAUGUCCCAAUCAAGCCGAUUGGGCGAGGAGCUUAUGGUGUGGUGUGUUCUUCGAUUAACCGAGAGACCAACGAGAAAGUGGCGAUCAAGAAGAUUCACAAUGUGUUUGAGAAUCGCACGGAUGCCAUGAGAACACUGAGGGAGUUGAAACUUCUGAGGCAUAUAAGGCAUGAGAAUGUGAUUGCUUUGAAGGAUGUGAUGAUGCCAACUCAUAAAAAAAGCUUUAAGGAUGUUUAUUUGGUUUAUGAACUUAUGGAUACGGAUCUUCAUCAGAUUAUUAAGUCCCCUCAGCCACUUUCCAAUGAUCAUUGCAAGUACUUUAUCUAUCAGUUGCUUUGCGGGUUGCAGCAUCUUCAUUCGGCAAACAUACUUCACCGGGACUUGAAGCCCGGGAACCUCCUUGUCAAUGCUAACUGCGAUCUGAAGAUAUGUGAUUUCGGGUUGGCACGAACUAGCAUGGGCCAUGACCAGUUCAUGACUGAGUAUGUUGUUACUCGUUGGUAUCGCGCUCCAGAGCUUCUCCUCUGUUGUGACAACUAUGGGACUUCCAUUGAUGUAUGGUCUGUGGGAUGCAUCUUUGCUGAGAUUCUCGGUCGGCAGCCUAUCUUCCCGGGGACAGAGUGCCUCAACCAACUCAACUUAAUCAUCACCAUUCUCGGUAGUCCGAAGGAAGCAGAUAUCGAGUUCAUUGGCAAUGGAAAGGCCAGAAAUUAUAUCAAGUCAAUGCCCUUCUCGAGAGGAAUACGCCUUUCACAUCUAUAUCCACACGCUGAACCUUUAGCUUUAGACUUGUUACAGAAGAUGCUUGUGUUUGAUCCAACUAAGAGAAUUACCGUUGACGAAGCACUUCAACAUCCAUACAUGUCGGGGCUAUACGACCCGAAAUUCAACGCUCCUGCUGAGGUUCCCCUGACUCUCGACAUUGACGACUCACUUGGGGAGCCUAAGAUCAGGGAAAUGAUGUUGAAUGAGAUGCUGUAUUACCAUCCUGAAGCUGUUUCAGCAUAUUCUUGAGGUAUAAUUUUCUUCGAAGACUCGCAUUGAAACACAAUUUGAUUGAUUUCCGUACUUUUUGGGAUGCUGGAAUCUGAUGUUACAAGUUCAUCAGCGUAGUUUCGAGAGCUUUCAUCAGCAAUUUUAGCGUAUUGACACGAUUGAGGCAUUUUAUCAACUUGUAAAUAUAACUAUGAAGAACUGAUGGAUUCAGAAAAGGUAUAAACUACUUUUGCAUUAGUGAUGAAUGUUUGACAUUUUCUUCAUCAGAAUCAAAUGAACAUUUGAAUGUGAAAAAGGCUCUUUUGGGUUCAAAUA